CUAACGUUAGGUUGUAUUCAUGGUUGAUUUAACCACUGGAUAUUUUAAGCAAUUGAAGAAAAAAUCACUACAUGUACCAUUUAUAUACACUUACAUUAUUAGAAAUGCAUAUACAGGAUCCAGGUCAAAGGUUAGCUGAACGGUGCUUUUAAACGGUCUUCAUGAUUGUCAUAAUGACUUCUAUUUUUCCUCUUUGAUUUAGAAGCACCAUCAGGGGCAGAUUUCCAGGGAAAAUCCAAUGAAGUCCAUAAUGCAACAUUGUUUGUUCAUCAACCGGAGGUAAAGCUUGAUCAAAUCAAGAUGAUGCACCUUACUGUUGAAGACUCCAGUGGGAAAACAUGUGCCUUCCAUGAGAAGAAAGCAAGGGAGCAUGAAGGAUGUCAUUUGGGCGGAGGCUCUUUUGGGGAGGUCUUCAAGGCUACACAUAAAGUACAUGGUGAAGUAGCAGUGAAGCUUGCUAAACCUGGUAAAGAAGAUCUAGUGGAGAUGUACCAGAAAGAGGUUCGAAAGCACGGAAUUUCCCUGACCUCUGAUCAUAUUGUCGCCAUCAAAGGGUUUGUGCAGUGUGAAGUUCAUAGAGGUAAAUGUGGCCUUUUUGGUAUCGUCAUGAAAUACAUGGAGAAUGGAUCUCUCUGGGACUUCCGUAAACGUAGAUGGCAAGAUCAUCCUGAUCUCUGGCCUUUGACCAAUAGGAUGGUCUAUGAAAUCUCGUGUGGAAUGCAUUUCCUCCACUCAAAUGAUAUCAUUCACCGUGAUCUGAAGCUGGAGAAUGUUCUAGUAGAUGGUAAUCUUCAUGCCAAGAUUGCAGAUCUUGGCCUUGCAGCCGAUCUCCGAACUUCAUUUGGUGAUAGAUGUUGGGGCACGGACAGUCACAAGCCUCCAGAAGCUUUUAGGACAGACUUAUCCAAGUCAAUUAAGGUUGUCAAUCCUAAGUACGAUGUCUACAGCUUUGCGAUGACCCUCUAUGAACUUUUGACAGGUAUUCAUCCAUACGCUGAAAGAGGAUUGGAAAUGGUGAAGGUCUUUAAAUUAUCUGACCAGGCUCCAUGUCUGAAACCUGUUCCAGUAAACACUCCUACACCUCUGAUCAAAGUCAUGACAGAUUCAUGGAGAUAUGCAGCGAAUAGUCGUCCAGCUUUCAUAGAAAUUACAGAUUGGGUAAAGAAUCAGCUAAAUAUUAAACCCACUCAUCGAUCACUCGGAAUCUGUUUAGGAGAGGUUAGUCUGUUUGUUAUUGUGGCACUAGUUUUUAUUUUGUAUUGUAUGUGAAGCAAAGUUGAUUGUUCACUAUUAAUUGUAGGGCAAUCUAAGAAUAUCAAGUAAUUAUUAUCUGAUGUAA